AUGGAACUGACCAGCUUUCUAUCUUUCCUUGCGGCAGUCCUGCCAGUUGCUUAUGGCGCUCCAAUACAAGCCGCCAACAGCGUUCACCCCAAGAUCGUGGAGGCAAUGAAGCGCGACCUUGGUACCACUGCUGAGCAAGCAGUUGCCCGAGUUGCUCAUGAUCUUCAUGCCAGUAUUGUUAUUGAACAGGUCCGCGUCUCACUUGGCGACUCGUUCGCUGGUGGCUGGAUUGAUGCAGGCAAGAUCUGUGCGGCAUAA